AUGAAGACCGAAAAGGCAACUACGACUGCCCGAUCCCCCAUGUUGGGCCGUUUUAUCUCUCACCAAGAUGAGAGCGAAUCAGGUGUCCAAGGCCGUUUGAUCCUUGGUACACUAGCCCCAUCUGUGGCAGAGAAGACUACAGAGAUGAACAUCAAGUUGCAAGGUCUUGGUCACGAAGCAGUGGCAGUCAAUUUGGGAUACAAGGACAAGAUGACCCAGGAGCUUGAUCAUCUUCUUGGAGGAAAAUAG